AUGUAUGCCCUAGAGAAGCUCGGCCCAAAGGUGCAAUGGCCGCAAAAGAUGAAAUCCGACCCGAGCACCCGGAAGUCGAACGUUCUUUGCAAAUUCAACCAGGAAAGGGGGCAUACAACCGAGGAUUGCAUAGGCUUGCGGCAGGAGGUAGCAAGAAUGCUAAACCCAGGACACCUGAAAGAACUACUGAGCGAUCGAGGACGGGCUAACUUCGCUCGUGGACGCGAUCAACCCCAGGGACCCCCAAAACUGCCUUCGCCCACCCGUACCAUACAAAUGAUCAUCGGUGGAGAUACUGAUGUAAAAAGAAUAAUGGUAGAUGACGGACGCGGAGCGUGUAUUAUCCAUCCUCAAGUCCUCGUGCAGAUGAGACUCGAAGAUAAAAUAAUACCGCGUUGCAUAACACUAACGGGUUUUAGUAAUGCAGUCGAACGAACUUCUAAAGAGAUAGUGCUGCCCGUUCUGGCCGGAGGAGUCACUCUGGAAACGACGUUUCACGUCAUGGAUCAAGAUACAACCUACAACGCUAUCAUAGGGCGCCCAUGGAUACACGCCACGCGAGCCGUCCCGACAAGUCUCUAUCAAGUAAUCAAGUAUCCCGCUCCAUGGAGAAUAUUCAGCAUCCGGGGCGAACAACGCACCGCACAAGAGUGUUACCGUAUCGCCCAGGAUUGCGCACAUACCCAGCAACUAAAAGGAGCAAGCGCGGAAGCAUAG